GCGAAUAUGCGAAAUAAUUGAUUUCAUGUUAUGUCAGAAACAGAUGGAUAAAAUAGAUAUGUAGUGAAUUCUUUAGAUAAGAUAAAUAAAACUGGUAUACUGUAUUAUUCAUAACGUGUCGUUGCAGUGAAUUAGGAAACAAAGAACUUUGGAUUAUUGUUAAUAAUUAAUUAAACAAAGUGAAAAUGUCUGAAGUUCAAUUAAAACCAGUAAACGAAGCUGAUUUUCAAGAUUUGAAAAGUCGAAUGAAAUUAAUAGCAGAAGCUGAUCCUACACAAUAUCAUAAUGAUUUCUCCUUGAGGCGGUAUUUGCGAGCUUUUAAAACUGUUGACGAUGCUUUCAAGGCCAUUCUCAAGACGAACAAAUGGAGGAAAGAAUAUGGAGUAGAGAACCUAACAGCAGACUCCCCUGAAGUCAAAAGCAACUUGGAUGCUAAUAAGGCUCGAGUCUUGCGACAUAGAGAUAUGUUUGGCAGACCUGUGAUAUAUAUACCAGCUAAGAAUCAUAAUGCCUCCAAUAGGGAUAUUGACGAGCUGACUAAGUUCAUCGUUUAUUGUUUGGAGGAUGCUUGUAAAAAAUGUUUUGAAGAAGUAGUAGACAAUCUGUGUAUAGUAUUUGAUCUUCAAGAUUUUGGAGUAAGUUGUAUGGAUUAUCAACUAGUGAAGAACUUGAUAUGGCUGCUAAGUCGGCACUAUCCCGAAAGAUUAGGAGUGUGCUUGAUCAUAAACUCUUCAUCCUUGUUCUCUAGUUGCUGGGCAGUGAUCAAAGGAUGGCUGGACGAAAAUACUACCAGCAAGGUAACAUUUGUCGGCUCAGAAGAAGAACUGUGCAAGUAUUUGAUACCGGACAUACUACCGACGGAUAUUUAACUGGAAUUUCUCUGUUAGUGGAACAAACAUAUCUAAUCCACCCAUCCUUAGAAUAGUAGCAUUUAUUUUUUUACAGUUAUCCUAACACAUUUUUUGUAAGUUUUUAUCGAAUGAUUUUAACGGGUUUAUGUUGUAAGUUCUUGUUUAUUGUAGGGGUUUUUUAACGAACAAAGUCACUUGGUGACGAACAAAUUGGUUGAAAUUCAAUAGUUGUUUUAAAAUGGACUACCAAAUUUGUUUGAUGCUGUUUGUAAGUUAGAGGAAUUUAUUUCUAUUAAAUUUUAUUAGAUUUGUUAUAAAUAGCAUACAUUUUUGUAUGCAUUGAAUAUAUUGAAGCAUUUUUUGGAAGAUACUUCCAUUUUUUGUGUUUUUCAAUGUUUGCAGGUUUGUUUAAAAUUAUGACAUAUGUCUAAAAUUCACUGUCACGUUUUUUGAGAAAUAUCUUCAUUAUAAUUAUAGUUAUACAAAAGUUUAGGUCAAAUAUCCAAAAUUAUCACAUACGAUGUCACAAUUUUGGAUAGUCCAUGAUUUUAAAUAUAUAGAAGAAAAUUCUCAUAGUUCCUGUCAAGUUUCACUAAAAAACUGUUUCAGAUUAUACAGGGUAGCGAGAAAGUAUGGAAACACGAAAUUUUCUCGGAAACCGCUUGAACGAUUGUUUUAAAUUUUGGUAGGUAAGAGUAUUCUAAUACGGCCGAUAUUAUAGUGGUAAUAACAUUGUUGUCAAAUUUUCCGUUUUUCUGGAAAUCUAAUGAACUUUCUUAUUUUAAAUGGAACACCCUAUAUAUUUUUUGUGUUUUGAAGUCCUUAAGAAAUUCUGAUUAUUUUUCAUGUUAUAUUCCCUAUACCUAAAUGCCACAAUUUCGGAGUUAUUGCUACAUUUAUUAAAAAAAAAAAUUAACAAAUUAUACAACUUUAUUUUUUUGGACCGGGUAGAUAUUAUUUUAGGUUCUUUUGGUCAUUGGAAACAAAAAAGGUCUUUUGUAAUUUUCCUCAAAAGUUAUCAUUUCCGAGUUAUAAACAUAUUAAAACUGAAAAAAUCGAAAAAUGACAAUUUUCUGUGUUCAAAAACAUAAGUAAAAAUAUUAUUUUUGAAACUGUGAAGUGCCUAAAUUCAAGCUCAAACCUUAUUUUAUCAGAUACCGAUAAGUUAUUUGGUCUUAUUUCAUUCUAAAACAUUAUUUUUAGUUAAUGCAGCCCGAUAGCCCGUCCUCGCAUAUGAACUUUAUUAACAAUAAAAAAAAAACAAUGUUUUGGAAUAAAAUAUGCCAAAAAUUCUUGUAGAGAUCUGAUAGAAAAAGGUUUGAGCUUGAAUUAAGGUACUUUGUAAUUUUAAAAAUGAUUUUUUACUUUUCUUUUUGAACCUUGAAAAUCGUCAUUUUUCGAUUUUUUUCAGUUUUCAAUUGUUUAUAACUCGAAAACGAUUAACUUUUGAGGAAAAUUACAAAAGACCUUUUUUGUUCCCAAUGACCCAAAGAACCUAAAAUAAUAUCUACCUGGUCCAAAAAAAUAAAUUUGUACAAUUUGUUAAAAAAUUUUGUUUUUACUUAAUGUAGCAAUAACUGCGGAAUUAUGGCAUUUAGGUAUAGGGAACAUAACAUAAAAAAUAAUCAGUAUUUCUUAAGACUUCACAACGUAAAAAAUAUACAGGGUGUUCCAUUUAAAAUAAGAACGUUCAUUAGAUUUUCAGAAAAAUGGAAGAUUUGACAACAAUGUAAUUACCACUAUAAUAUCGGACGCAUGAGGACACCCCUACCCACCAAAAUUUAUAAAAAUCGUUCGAGCGGUUUCCGAGAAAUCACCGUGUUUCCAUACUUUCUCGCUACCCUGUAUACGUUAUAAUAUAAAGAUUAACAGUAAAGUGUAAAAUAGGUAGUUGGGUUCUUUUUAUUGAUCGAAAAUUGUAGGAAACAGUAAGUUUUUGAUAAACAAGUAAAUACAGAUAACAAUGUGUCAUAACAUUUCUACAAUUGUUCAAUGAUUAAAAAGAAUUUUACAUUCUACGAUAAAACUGAUUGAUUACUAAACCAUAUAUCGUUGGCCUGGUAUCAAAAAUGCAUAAGUCCAAAAUAUUCAAUUUUAGACUUUUGAUCGUAUCUGUUAGCAUUAUCCAAAAGCUAUGUACUACUUUGUUUUCUUCCAAUAUUUAUAGUUUACUGUUAAAAUUGUGAAAAUAAGUUUGCAUAACUCUUUUCAUUGUAAACGGGCGAGUACCUACAAGGUACAGGCAAAAAUUACACAUAUUGUAUCACUAAAAACGUGAAUUUAAAUUGUUUAGGGACUUGUGCAAUUUUCACAUUAUAUUUAUUUAGUUGUAGACAAGUGGAGUUAUGCAUAGUUAGUUUUUGUCUCUCCUGUAAAAUCAGAUAUUUUGGACUUACGCAUUUUUCACAUUAAGCCGAUGAUAUGCAUCCUCGAACGCAUAGCCCAAUAGCCUCACUAAUUAAAUGCUAUUGAAUGAUGCCAGAAUUAACAAAUAACAGUGCCAUACUGAUGAAGAAUAAUUAUUUAAAAUAGUUUUCACACAAUUGCCUCAUUAAUAGAUUUAGUAAACCUUAUUUAUUUAUGUAUUGUAAAUAGAUAGUGGCAUGGUUUCUAAACGAGCUUACUUGGAGCAGUAUCCGCGAUGUAAACCAACUAUAGGGGUCGCUUUGACAGAAAAGCUCUUAGCUCAGCGGAGCUGAGAAUGUAGGAAAAAAACAAUUCUUCAUUACCUUUUUUUCAUGUUUUCCUUUAGGAAGGCGUUGAGAGGGAACAACACCUUUCUUUAAAAUUGUCUUUAUCCCUGAUGCAGCUACAAUAGAGAUUUUAAGUAAGAUCUGUAUUAGUUUAUACAGGGUGUUUGGUAAAGAAUGGGCCAUAGCUUACCCUUAGAUUCCUGAGGUUAAAAUAGGUCGAUUUAAGCUAACUUACCUUAGUACAAAAGUUUAUAAUAACCGAAAUACAGGGUGUCAAAGGUAAAAUUUUAUUUUAUAUAUUCUUGAAUAUUUCCUAACAGUUCAACUCUCCUAUGAUAGUACCAAAUUGACAGCGUUAUGACUUCUUCUAAAGGUGCCUCCCUUCCAGAGAUGCAUCUUCUAUUCACAGCAGCUCGAAAUCAACCACUUGACGUUAGACCAGUCCACUUCCUAAGAUUGUCCAGCCAGGAUAUACGUCUACGCCCAAGGUAUCUUUUGCCCUCAAUUUUGCCUUGUAGAAUCAACUGGAAAAAAAUCAAAAAAAUGAUUAUCAGCAAGGAGAAUAUAAACUGGGCUCAUCUGUACAUUAAUGGAACGCAGAUGGAGCGCGUAAAACAGUAUUGCUACCUGGGAACUAUUAUAAAUGAGCAGUGGAGCAACGAACGGGAAAUAAAGUGCCGCAUAGAAAGGCAAGAACGGUUUUUAACAAAAUGGGCGCCAUAUUCAAAAGCCACAACAUAUCCCUAGAUACACAAAUGAGAUAUUUGAGAUGUUAUGUUUUCUCUAUAUUGUUGUAGAGAGUGGAGGCAUGGAUGCCUAUAGAGGCCACUAUUAAAAAAUUUGAAGCGUUUGAGUUGUGGCUCUAUAGAAGAAUGCUGAGAAUAUCCUGGACAGCAAGGAUCACGAACAAGGAAGUUCUAGAAAGAAUGAAGUAGGAAUCGGAGAUUGUGUUUACCAUCAAACGCAUCAAACUGCAGUAUAUGGGACACGUUAUGAGAAAUCAGCACCGUUACUUCGUGCUGCAGUCCAUAUUGCAAGGUAAAGUCAAAGGUAAGCGACGACCCGGUAGAAGGAGAAUAUCAUGGCUGCGGAAUUUGAGAACAUGGUUUAAGAAAACUUCAACGGAACUGUUUCGAGCCGCAGUGAGCAAGGUUAUUAUUGCCAAACCAGAAGAAGAAGAAUCAACUGUAGAAGUCGGUAUUUAUUAUUACGCAUAAUGUGGCCGAAGUAAGCCAAUUUUAUGUUCUUUGCGGUGUUAAUAAUUUCUUUGUCUUUUCUUAGCCUCUGGAGAAUAGUUAUGUUUCUUGUGUGGUGUAUAUAUGAGACCUUCAACAUACUUCGGUAGCACCACAUUUCAAAUGCCUCUAAUCGUUUUAUUACAUCUUCUGUAAUACUCUAGCUUUCUACUCCAUCGAGGAGGACACUAAAGAUGUAACAUCUAAGAAUUCUUAUGUGAAUAUUGAUACUUAAGAUAAGCUGCAGAGAAUCUUCGUAAGACUGUUAAAAGAGGCUUUUUCAAUACGAGUUUUUAGUUCGUAGCUAUGAUCCCAAGUAUCCUUAAUAUCAAAUAUUGAUCUAUAGUUAGGGAUACCAUACGUCCGGAUUUCGUCCAGACAGUCCGGAUUUGAAAGACAUGUCCGGAUUGGUGUCCGGAUAUGAGAAAUGUCCGGAUUUUUUCUUUACUAAAAAAAUGGACAACACUUGGCCCAACGCACGGUGGGAAAUUUCAUUCUGCGCAGCACCUAGUUAAAUUGAUCGCACUGCUUGUCAUGUUAAAACAUAGAUGUAUAUAUGUAUUUUAAACUGGCAGAGAUUUUCGAUGUUAGUUACAUAUUGUAGCGAAACAGCUGUACUUUUAAUUGUGCCAUAUGCAUUUCGCAUAUAAUAUGUACAAUGUAGAAAUAGCAACACAGUCAAAUUCACAUUUUAAAUUUUCUACAACCCCUUGGACUACCACUGUCCGGAUUUGGCCUUAAUAAAUUAUGGUAACCCUAUCUGUAGUUGGCUGCAAUUCGCCUUGGAACAUUGCCACAACCUGUUUAAAAUAAAUAAGGGUUCAUUAUUUUUUGCGCCAUUAAUUCUAGUUUGGAUCAUUUCGUUUUAAUAGUAAAUGUUUUGUUUCAUUAAAAAUUGUUUGAAUUUAUUUUAGAACUUUUUUGUCUGGAAUAAAUUGGAGAUCUGCGAUUCUAGUACCUCAUCUAGCAAACUAGAUAGAACAUUUGUAACAUCUUUUAUGGCAAUUGUUUUACUUAAGGGAGGGGGGGUAUGGUUUGAAAUAUUUAAUUUUUUUAUUAUUUCAAAUAAAAGUGCAUACUUUCAAGAAUACUCUCUAAGAAUUUCAAAAUAAUCAGAGUAAAAUUACCAGAGAUACAGCGUGUUGAAUAUCUCUACCUUCGAUUCGCUUUGCCGCGAGUUCGCGUCAGCACGCUUGAGCGUAGUGAGAAACGUUAAACAACUGUUCGCCAAAAGACAUAUUCCAAUGUGCAUCACUUUACGAUUUGGCAGACAAAUAAGAAGAUGAAGAUGCAGUUGUCAAAACUUUAAACGCAUUUUUCUCAAAACUGCUUUUUCAAAUGCGGUGGACAUUGUAACUGAAAAACUACUCGGUCGAUCUACCUGAUAUUUUGCACAGAUUUUGUUUAGACAUUUCAUGAGGUAACAACGUCAAGAUAUUUUUCUUUUUUUGCUUAUUUUUUGUUCAACAAUAAUAAAUCUGUUGAUUUUCACAAAAUUUUUACCAAAAAUUUCAUUUUUUUGAUUUCUGAGUGAUACCAAAAAUUCAAAAAUCAUUAACAAUAAAAAACUCGACGUUGUGACCUCGUGAAACUCAAUCUAAUUAAAUCUUUUUGAAUUUUUUGUUUCGUAUGAUCUAGUGACGAGUUCUGAUGUUCACCGCAAAAUCCAUUUUUUUGUGAGCUGCCUGUCAAAAUUUGUCACCAAUGGCUUAUUUUUCAAUAUUUUGGAUUGAAUUUUUUUUCUAAGUAUUCUUUGAAUUGUACUAAUAUGUUUAUUUAAUUUAAAAAUAAAAUAAUUGCACCAUAGCUUCGAAAACAAUUCACAAAAAUGGGCUUGAUAUGUUGAUUUCAAACCGUACCCCCUUAAGUUAGCAAUUUGAGAUAUUAGGAUCGCGAAACUAUAAAACCAACAAAACCUUUGUAUGAAACGAACAUUCCUCUUGAGAUUUCUUUUAUCUAUUAGUAUUACAACAGUAUCACAGCUUAAUGUUAAGUUUUGUAUAAAAAGCUAUCAGGUGUAAUUAGGUCGAAGAGCAGAAUUUAGUAAAUAUAUUCGCACAACUUAUUACCAACUGCAAACCAAGAGUAAAACGACGCACGUCUUGACUAAUCUCACUAAUAUCCACGAUUUGUCCACAAUUUGACGGUUUAUCGGCGUUUUCCAAAGCCUCUAAUGCUUUUUCUACCCUUUAAAAUUUGAUGAUAUGUCAGAAUCCAAGAAAAAGUUUGAGUUGUGGGCGUGAUCACGUAGGCUGAUGUCACUUGUCACACUUUUUUAUAUAGUUUAUGUCAUGACACCAAAGUGUUUCAAAUUCGUCCGGUUCUGCGCAUGACGUCAAUACGUGACUAGUUAGCGGCACCAAUUUGAAAUAACCUAUGGAUAACAUGAAGAGUUUAUUAUUUAUUUAGAGUACCAUUCUGGUAACAAAAUUACGGAUUAGUUACGUUAAAUUUCUUUUUACCAAACGUAAUGAUAAAGUAAUUAUGGAUUAUUAAAGAUAAAAUAGGCAAAUGUGCACUUAAAAUAGUGAUGUUUUCAUUAAAAUUAUUAUCACACUAACGUAAUUAUGACAUUCACUGAAUACAAUGAGAAAAACCUUAUUAAUACCUACUAAAUUUCAAUACUUUCCGUCAUUAGAAAGGUUUUUCGCAUCUACAUCAGUCUCGUCUUUGAGAGGACGUGGACUCUUAUUUUCGUUAGAGGUUUGGUCAUCACAUCUGUAACUUGUUCGGCAAUGGAAAUUUGUGUGAAGGCUUUUUAGUUUGAUCACAAUUUCUUAGGUUAUAUCUUCCUGUUUCCAUAUCUACCGAUUCUUUUAUGGUCAUCUUCACCAUUCUGUGAGAUUAUUUCAGCAUCGAUCUCAUUUUGUUCUAAUUGAGAAAUAGCUAUAUAAUGAUGGUCAUUUUUAGAAUUAUUUUCUAUAAGGAGGUAUUGUAGAGGCAAUUGAACUCGUUUCUGACAACCAGUUUUUCCAAAUAUUUAACCUGUUAUAUAAAUAGCAGAAACAAACAACAACAAAUGACAAAAUGUCGGGAUCGUCACGUAUUGACGUCACUUGACAUUUGACAGGAGAUGCGUGGUGUCAUAUUCUUCGGUUUCAUUAUAUCAUGGUCUAUGUCUAUACGAUGGGCCUUAAAUUAGUUUAGUUUAUCGUUGGGAAUCAGUUGUGUGGAUAUCCUGUAAGUAUUUUUAUCUCCAGUAGUUAGAACCUUCAUGAAAACUUCAGAAAGAAAACACUUUUCACAAUAAUGUAAAUGUUACUCUGUACAAAUUUUUAGAUAGUUAAUUCCAAAAUAGUGCGCAGCCUUGUACCAAUUUUAUGUAUCGUUGUAAAGAGCUCAGUACAAAAAUAUUUUGGAAAAAACUAUGUUUCACCAAAUACUAUUGACUGUAAUACAUACAACUUUUGACAUUUCCCAUUAAAUUUGAGGAAGCAAACAAUAUAGCGCCAUCUAGUGGUGUGCGGUGAUAACCAGAGCAAUCUAACCUUACAUUUAUAAAAUUGCUUUAUUAUUGUUUUUGUAUAAGUCGCACCAUCAAUGCAAGACUAUCACAACUCAAAAAUUACCAUUUUUUGUUUUUUAUGAAUCUGUAAUGGUAAUGGGUAGUCUAACAUAAUGAAAGAGUAUUAUAACUCAAAAUUUAAUAUAAGACAUUAUUAAACAAUAUUAAUGUUAAGUUAUAAUACUCUUGCAUUAUGUUAGACUACCCAUUACCAUUAGAUUCAUAAAAAAACAAAAAAUGGUAAUUUUUGGGUUGUGAUAGUCUUGCAUUGAUGGUACGAAGUGUUUGAACUAUUUUUAUUUUAAUUUAAUUUAGCAAAAUUAGCUCGUUAUUAAAAAAUUUAUAAAAUUAAAUUUGAAUGUUUGACGUCAAAUUUUACAUUUUCAAAACGUAGUUUCACUUCAAGCCGACAGUGGCGCUGGCGCGCUAGUGGCAACGUGCUUCCGGAUUCCUGAGGGAGUUGGAUGUAUAACAGUCAAUAGUAUUUGGUUUCACUGUAAUAAUAGUGUUAGUAAUCGUUGAUUAUAAGAAACCAAGUUUCUGUAGAAGAACGGCUAAGUUAAUUCCUACUCUAGUGUUAUGUGGGGGCGCUUUUAUUAAUUACUAUUGUCGGAGAAGAAUAGGUUAAAUUAAUCAUUGAGAAAAUAAUUCCUAAUUUAACACUAUAUCUUUCUUCAGCCAAAUUAUUUCACACAACACCACAAAAAAAGAAUGUGUGUACUUUGUACACGCGUAAGAAGUUAUACUUGUUUACCUUUUAAUAACAUUGCAUUUUCAUAAUUAAUUUUAUUUACUACAUACCUUGUUUACCUUUUAAUAACAUAACCUUUAUACUACUUUUUCCUCUUAUCAUUUUUUUGGGCUAUGACCUUGACAAUUGUCCAGUAACCAGAACCAAUAUGAUUGGCCAAUAUAAUUAAAAGUGCUAAAAAUGUUGCUGAGCUAUGAAACCAGGUGUCUCUUUUCCGAACUUGCACGGCCCCAAUAGGGCACACAAACAACAUCUAAGUAUUUCUUUCCAUAAUUCGUGGCUUGAGUCAUUUUGAUGUAAAACGUUCGAGAUACCUAUAGCACUCUAUAAGUAGGCUGUGAACUCUAUUAGUCAGGGAGCUUGUUACAGUGGUUUAGGCUUCAAAUAAGUCUAUCACAGAUCGAAACCAUCUCCAACUUCACAGAAAUUCACAUUAAUUUUACAACAAAUGUGACAAAUAAACCAAUAAUUUUAAUUCCAGCAGCGCCAUAUAUGAAUUGAAUCAACAACUUUUUGUCAUACUUCUUUACGUCUCGAAAACUAAAUAUUUGAAAAUUUUUAAUGAGUUAUUUAUCAACGUUUAUACCAGAAAUUGUCAAAUCUCGAAACUAUAACCUACACUUAACAAAGUUUUGUGGAAGUUAUAACUUAGCCGUUCAUAUUAAAUCAUCUAAGAUGAAUUGUAUAUAGAAGUAAGUUGUUUAAAUUUUAUUUUUGCAUAUUUUGUUAAAUCCCACACUUUAAUACACUUUUUGGCGGGAAUAGUUUGUAAAUUAAUUAGUUGCCAAAAAUAUAGAGGUUGAUCAAUGCUCUGGUUUGGUUUGAACUGUUUACUUCUUCUCCGUUUGUUUUGAAACUGAUAUCUUGGAGAUUAAUGUGGAGUAUAAUUAUAAUUGCGAAUUAAAGUUCUAGCAUCUUUCGCUAACUGGAAGAUCCAGUUUCAGCCAUUUAAAUCGUGUUUAUUGUGAAUUUUGGACUUUCCUAAUGUACAGUUACGAUCAUUGAAUAGUUUACAGGCUUACGUAUCUAGGAGCCAAUUUUUUUAAAUUUCACCUCGUUUAAACGCACCUUUUACGUUAAAGUGACGUUACCAGUGGUGUAACUAGAAUAGGUUGAUUAAAAUUAAAAAAUCAAAAUAAUAUAAAUAUAUUUUACAAAAUUUAACAAAAUGGAAAGUAUACAAAGAAGUUUUUUUUGAGGAGUUUGAUAUCGAUUUAUUUUAUACGCGAAAUUUUUGACACGUAUUGACUUUUUGAAAUCUUUUGACUUUGAUAUUUAUCAGAUCCGUACGACACUGCAACUUUACAGUAUUACAAUAUAAAAAUUAAGGUGUAAACUAUUCAGUGAUCGUAACUGUACAUCGAUCGAUAUGGUUGAGGCAACAUGUUAGUUAAAAAGCGUCAUAUGUUUUAGUAAACCAAUAAUAAAUCUUGCAGUUCACAAGGUUUUUCGUAUCAAAAUGUUAAUGAAGACUUCUUAGUUUGACAGAUCGUCCAAUAUUCCAAUAUUCUAAAAGUAAAAAUUCAGUUCAACUCUUCCAAAAUCCCAAUAGAACCAUUUUUUUAAUACAGCGUAAUUAACAGUAAAAUAAAUGAAAAUUAUUAUUAAAAUCUAUUUGUCUCAUCGAUCUUCAACACUUUCAGCUCUAUAAUAUACAUACCUUCAACUCAAAUUAGUAAUGAAGUACAAAAUUUCAACAGACUUGCACUAAAUUGUCAGUAUUAGGUCGCUUAAAAUUUUGGUAUCCUAAUGAUAUUAGUAUCCCCGCCCACUGAUGUCAUUCCUGAGAUGACAACUGACAUUUUUAGUAGCAUAUGAUAGUUGACAAGAAAUAUACGUGAUAACAUAAUAUGUGACCUAUGCGACAUUUUAUGAUACUUUGCCUGUUUGUUUAAUAUGCUUUUUUUUAAUAUACAUGAAAAUACGUGACUUACAUAUCGUUAUUUACAUUUUAGAUAUAUAAUUUACUUAUGUAUAUGCAUUUUUAAGUGCAUUCAUUGCCAAUACUGGCUCAAAUUGAUUAAUUGAAACAGACUGUAUGACUUGUACACACUUCUAAAAAGGUCAAACCGGCAAACAGGUGUAUGUUCUCAAAGAAAUUGAAAGUGUGUAAAAAAAAACACUUUCAAAACACUUUUUUUUUACACACUUUCAAUUUCUUUGAGAACAUACACCUGUUUGCCGGUUUGAUCAAAUUGAUUAUACAGGGAAGGAUUCAAAGAAAAAGAUGCAUAGGGAGACGUAGAAUAUCAUGGCCACGCAACCUGAGAGAAUGGUACUGAUGUAAAUCAAAUGAACUUUUCAGAGCAGCCGUCUCUGAAGUUCGAAUAGCUAUGAUGAUUGCCGACCUCUGUCGGCAUCAAGUGCCAUCUCCGUCGUGGAGAUGGCACUUGAAGAAGAAGGUUGUUAAUACUAUGUUAUUACUUGUCAACUGUCAUCUGUUAUUGCUUUCUUGUCAGUUGUUAGCAUAGGACUUUUCAACGAUUGUUAUUUGUUUCGAGAUUCUGUCAUAUUAUGUUGUAUAAUCUGUGUAUAAUAUUAAUAUACAUUGUCAUUUGUUUCGAGUUUCUGUUAUAUGUUGUAUAAUCUGUAUACUAUUAAUAUACACGGAUUAUACGACAUAUGACAGAAGCUCGAAACAAGUGACGUUCGUUGAAAAGCCCUAUUGAGGAUCGCUAAAUAUCUAGGAUGGCCCUCUAGUAUGUUAAAUCAAUUAAUUUGUAGCAAAAUAUACAAGAUAUCAGUUAUUUUACACCUCACUUAAUCUGGAAGAAUAAUUUUCUUUUAUUGAUAAUAUAAACAGGAUCUACGCCGAUUUUAAAAAGUCAAUUUUGUGAAAUCUGCGCUGUGCUGUAUUUAAAAGAUGAUACAAUGUAGUGUGUAUACUGUAUACCUAUAACAUUUUCUAGAAGAAAAUGUUUACUGUUGUUACUAGGGCAUUAGUUUUCUACACGUAGUUUUUUAGAUAAGCCAAUUUUUGUUCAAAGUAUUUAUCAUGUAAUCAAAAUUGAAAUUAUAUAUUUGUAUUAUUUUCUUGCUGUUAUUCUCAUCCCGACUGUAUAUUAGUCAUUAAAUGCAUUAUAAAUC